UAUUAGUAAGGGAGCUAUAAGAGGCUCCGGCAGCUCUGUCUUGAUACAUAAACACUGAAUCCUGGAACGCUCCUCAGCUGUCAGUUACCAAACAAGCGCUACAUGGACAGAGAGCCACGUCUCUGUUCGGAUUUUUAGGCUUACAUUUUUUGUUCUUUUAACAUCCAACCUUUCAGCAUGGCGGUGGCUGAAGUUGUGAUGCCGACAAUCACCUCGUUUGCAAGAGUUCCGGCGAUGGAUGGAAAAAAGUUCCACGACCUGUUUGAGGCGGAUGAGUGCGUACCGAGCACCGCAACCAACCCGCUCAUCGAAGUGGAGUUUAGUAUCGUCCAGUCUCCUACUGUGCCCCUAAAGGACGAGGACGAGCUGGCGAAAUUCAUCGACCUCGAGUUUAUUUUGUCCAACACCAUCGGCUCGGAUGUUGGGAGCGACAACGGGGACAUUUCUCCGCAGCAGCAGCAGCAGCAGCAGCAGCAGUGCGCGUAUUCUCUACCGGAGUCACCGGAGAGCUGCAGCGGUGCGUCUGUGCCAGAUUGCAGCGACCACCUUCCUCCCUCUUCCCAUCCGAGCUACCACGGCACCGUGAGCUUCACGGGCCCUAUGCGCAGUCUCAUGGCAGAGCUUCUUACACCAGAAAUGAACUACCCGGGGGGGAGCUCGCCGGAGAGCGCAGACAAGGCGAGAGACGCGCGGGAGUACACCGAGCUGCAUGCCAUGAAUACGGUUUCACCUCCCGCUCUCCAUCAAGUGUCCUCUCCUCCAGCAAUGGAGUAUAAAGUAAAAACUGAGCCUGUGAGUCAGUCUUGUAUGAUGGCUGCUGUAGGUGAUGAGAACUUUAUGGGACAGAUGUUUGAGAGGCACCACAUGCGCACUGUGCAGCCUUUUACGCACCACCAGGUUACACUUCAAGGUGCGUUACAAGGAUAUGCUUCGCACCAAAUGCAGCACCCUGCUGCACCUCAGGGUCGCACAGACUGCCAUAUGUCUAACAUCAACUCCAACGUCAACAGCCCUCAUCCUAAUCAGCAUCAUCUCCAAAACCAGUACAUGAACGCGCCUUACCAGCUUCAGUACGCGCACCAGAGCGUGUCACAAUAUCAGGGACAUUACACCAUACGAAGAGAGCCUGUGCGCAUGCACCAGCAGCACCACCCGGCUUCAAUGCAGGGCAUGAUGCUCACUCCUCCUCCGUCGCCUUCAUUGCUGGAGUUUUACUCGCAGGAGGAGGUGGGGAGCGUCAAACAGAAGAGAGGCCGCAGGUCGUGGGCCAGAAAACGCACUGCAACGCACAGCUGCGACUUCCCUGGGUGUGGGAAAACCUACACCAAGAGUUCGCACCUCAAAGCCCACAUGAGGACACACACAGGUGAGAAGCCGUACCACUGUAACUGGGAGGGCUGUGGCUGGAAGUUCGCCCGGUCAGAUGAGUUAACUCGGCACUACAGGAAGCACACCGGACACCGACCCUUUCAGUGCCACCUGUGUGAGCGCGCGUUUUCCCGUUCAGAUCACCUGGCUCUCCACAUGAAGAGGCACAUGUAAUCAAACUUUAUAAAAAUCCAUCAUGGAGAGAUGCCCGGAGCAUCACAGACAAAGCAUCAGGGGCCAAAAUCAAUAGAGCAAGACGUUUCUGUGUAACAGCUUGUUUUAUGUCCUGUGCCUUGUUAGAGGGACAAAGUAUUUCAGAAGUGCCUCUACGCCAAAGAGAACGAGCUCUGGUGGGUUUGUACAUAUCUGUGAAUAUGUUUAUAACUUAUAUUAGUCUGUAUUUAAGGCAUUCCCUGACUCUGUCUUUGGAAUAAGUUAUUGAUUGUAAGUGAGUGCCUUAAGAGACUGUUUCCAGAAGAGGAGACUCGCUGUGGGCAGGACCCAUUCUAGUGUAAAUAUGUAUUUUUGUAAUGUUUACAUCUCCUAUCUUUGAUACUAAUCGAAUCAGGUCAGGGUUUUUUGAGUGACAAUUUUCAACCAUUUUUAUUCUUGUAAAGAUAUUCUAGAUUUGCUAAGUAUUGUCAGCUAGGCCUACAUGUCUUGUGUAUUGUGAAGGUUUUGCUUGAGCAGGAUCAACAAAUUCAGGUACUACAACUCAGUUUCAGUCCCACUUUCCUCGUGUUUGUUCAACCUCACCUAAUUCAGUUUGGACGUUUUUUCUACGCCUCAAAUAAGGAUGGAUGAACUGUGUGUGUGUGUGCGUUUUUAAGAAGGAAGAAACCCAAUGCAACCAAUGGAUGACCUGUUGUACUUGAAAUCGAAUUGCUGAAGAGAUGUAUCAUUUUCCCCCCCCCAAAAAUGCAACUGUUUGAUGCGCUUAAGGGCUCAGAAAAUAAAAGUACUUCUAUAAAAGCAAAAUA